AUGUGUAAAAAUUAUCAUAGUCAGAAAUCCAUAAAAUCGGAUAACCUAUCCCUAUCGACUUCAAAUGCUAACAGCAAUGAAUGUUCCAUCAGCAAAUCAAAAUGCUUGUCCCCAACAAUUUCAUUAGCAACGUCAAACGGAAACUACGAAUCAAUAUCUAAAUAUCCGCCAUCUAUUAUGGAAGCGCUCGAAAAUACAGCAGUACAUUUUGGAGAUUUUUACGGUCUUCAAAAUAAUGUAGGAACAGCAUAUUACAAUAAUGUUGCAGAAGAGGAAACGGCGAUUAAGAAAAGACAUAGGUUGAAUUUCACGAGGCAGAUGGUGCAUAAAUUAGAGCGAACAACCGAUACGGAGGAUUACGCGCGACAAAUAUCGGUCUUUUUGCAAGAGACCGUAGAGCCGCCUAAUUUUAAAUUAAAUCCAUUUCUAUCUGAGAACUCUAUUCCCGAUGGAAGGCGAAGAUUCUCGCGUUAUCCAUUCUGGUACAAGGAACCUAACAAGAAACUUAUCGUUAAUGUUCUCAAAUCUGAUUGUUCAAAUUAA